ACCUUCAAAAUAUCUUUCUUAUGUAUAUGUAUUUAACGAUACAGCUAUCAUGUUGAGCAUAACAGUGACCUGUUUGAUUUUGUGGUUGUAAAAGGCUUGUACGGUUUAACCGAAAACGUGUAAUGUGGCAGGAGAAUAAAAAAAAAAAUAACUGGAUUUAAACUGAAUUAAACAUAAAUUUCGCUAAUUUGGAAAAAAGAGUUUCAGGCUCUAUGUAAAGAUGCCCGUGAAUUCCUUCGUAGAACGAACGAUUGAAUGUUCUAUAUGUAUGGACAGGUUUGACACGCCAAGGCUUUUACCCUGUCACCAUACAUUUUGUCAAAGCUGUUUGAAUCGUCUUUUGAAUAGGUCUACUGUGCAAUGUCCACAAUGUCGGGAAAUUCACAGAAUUCCAAACGGAGACGUUUCUUCUAUUCCAAAGAACAGAACGAUUGAACAACUUCUUGAUGAUGUAGAGGAUUAUGUAACUGUAAGAAGAACUAGGAAUACACCAAAUACAAUAACAAAUGAAGGAGACAACCAGACGGCCGACACAAUACCUUCCAAUACAACUAAUACAACACGAGGAAGGUGUUGCCAGGAUAACUGUUUGUGCUGCAAGAGAACUUAUACAAGGAUUUGGCGUGUUCUUAAAGUUUCUGUCAAGAACAAUAAAUUAAAGCGAUUUUUCCUUGUGUUUGCUUUUAUAUAUUGUCUAAUCACACUGUCAAGGGGAAUUGCAGGGUUUGUUAAACUGAGCAGUGAUUGUAAAGAAGAACACGAUGUCGCUGUUUACCUUACUGUGAAAGCAUCUCUGGCGGCCUUUUACUGGGGGACGUUUUUCGUUUUGUACUGCGUAGAACAUCUUCGAAAAGCAAUAAAAAAUCCAUUCAUUCUGAUAUACCUGUUUCUUGACGCAUUAUUUGGUGUUCCUUGGCUUUGUUUAGGGACUUACUGGGUAUUUGGAUUGCGAGAGGAUAUCAAAACGCUAUGCCCUCGCUUGGUUGAUAGCUGGAACUCAAGUUUCCUCGACUUUUCUAGUUUUCUAAUUGUUUUGGACUGGACUUGUUUUAUUGGCUUUUUGUUCUUUGCAGCAUAUACUGCAUGUGGUCCUGAAACUGAUUAUGAUGAAGAUGAAGACUACGCCGAACAGGAAUCAAGUGGCGGUGUAGGCAAUGCUAAUGUCGAUGCCUUUCAGCCAGGAGGAAAUCAUAUAUAAUUAUGUAUAGACAAUAUAUUGUACAUACCUUAUAUUCGUAUUAUGUAUCACUACUUUGUCAUUAGUACCUUUAAACAGAUCACUUGACUCAGUAACAGACUGGGUAUUGAAAUGUUAUUUAUUAAUAUGACAUUUCUGUAUACCGCUCGCGUACGCUUUCAGUAAUAUUGGCAUACUUAAAAAUUUGAUAUAACUUUAUUUAAAAAAAAACGUAUUUUACGUUGAAGAUAUAAAUGUACGAAUUUUGAAGAUGCUUUGAAGCAAAUGUUUCCGUAUCUAUUUAAAAAAAACUUCACUACAUAUACAUUUAUCUAAAAGUAUUGCUACAUCUACAUUACAUUAAGUUAACAAUGUUGUGUUUUGAAUAAGGAUUAAUAUAAUUAUGUCUGUUAAAUCUUGUUAGAAGUAAGUGCAGGAAUCUAGCGUCUGUAAAAUGAUAGUAAAUAGCUCUAACUUAGAUAUCAUCCGUAACCUAAGUUAAGGUAAGUUUUUUUUAUUACAAUAGUGGCUUGAUCUAUUAUCAGACCAGAUCACACUUGGCGCUUUCGCUCCCAUGGCAAAAUGUCGUAUAGAGUAUCCCAAAUCAAGCUACUAUUAUAUGAUAACAUAUUCUAUUAUCAAAUAUUUAAAAGCAUUUGUAUUCAGUAAAUGAUCUCACAAAAAUAUUCGUGACAAUCAACUUAAUGGUAAAACGUAAUAUGUUUUCAUUUUCUCAGUUUUAAUCUCCUAUUGCACGACACCUGAACUUAUAGUACUGUAUAGUCAUUAUUAAUACCAGACACGUAAGCAGUCCUGCUUGAGGUACGAAUUGUCUGUAUUUGUAAUUUAAGGGUUAUCUUAAGAAAUCAUUAUAAUAAAAUGAUUAGUAAAUACACAUCUAUUUUCUGAUAAUUUGAUUCUUAAUAAAUUUUAGAAAUUAUGUCCAAAUCGUAUUUGUUAUUUGGCAGGUAGAAAUAUUACCAAGCAUGGCAAAACGCUUAAAGGUUUACAUUUUAUUUUUCUUAUUUGAGUUUAUGUACCAUGAUUGUUAAGAAAGCAACUACGAAGAGACAAAUUGAGUGUAAGAAGGGUAAAAUCAAUAAAUUUGACUUUGUUGUA